AUGCGAGGAAUCAUUAACGACUUCAGGAAAAGAACGUCGAAGCUUCCUCCUAUCUGCGGUGGUAUGUGGUUGGCUUCCACCAAAGACGGUAGGGUUGCUUUUCUCACCAAUGUUAGAGAACUCCAAAACAUUCCACAACCCAACACUAGAGGAGAUCUUCCACUUCGUUUUCUUCAGGGGAACUAUCUUGUUGACAUUGUAUUUGGUGGUACGGACAGCGUACAGCUGAACUUAAAUUUUGAAACCAGCUUUUACAAUCAUAGUUGA